UUUUUGGCCUCACCUUUCACCGCCAUAUAUUCACUGCCUCAUCCUCAGUUAUGUUGUGUGUUUUCGUGCAUAAAUAGCAACCAGCAGAAAUUCCUACAAGGUACGCAAAACAUGAUUCAUGCAAUAAGAUCACUCAGAACCCAAUCGCCCUCAAACUUGGUCCAAAAAGCUUCCGGGGUCCGGUUUAGGCAGAACGCAACUAUUUCUACCGAUCCAGAUACUAAACAUAACAUGGACAAGACACAAAACCCUAACCAGCAGAAAACUGGAGAUGCGAUGUCUCAUUCAUUUGGGGAAGGGUAUGCGACGAGGUCCGAUGAGGAAGGAUUUGGAGGGGUAUUUUCAGGAAACCAGUCUCUACCGAAGACACAGCAGGAUCAGCUGAUCCAUGAAAACCACCCUGCGUAUGACAAGACGCAGGGAAGCGAAGUGAAGGAGAAGGAGAAAGGACGGCACCAAACCCACGCCAAUGCAUCAACAAACUAAUGAAGGAGCCCCCGAGCGGAUUGACCUGUGUGGAUUCGGUGGCCUUUCUAUAUAAUUCCUUUUCAUUUUGCAAAAUAUUUUUAAUUUAAUUUGUUGGUUAUAUGUUAAUACUUGGAAAGGCUUUAAAGUUCGUAAUAAUUUCAUUCAUUUAUCGAAAUUAUCGUUGGAUUAAAGUUUUCUUUUAAUUGAU